UAGAAACAAAGUUGGUUACAAAUCACACUGGCUUUGCCCGAAGGUCGCCCCCCCUCCAACCCCUCCCACUCUUUUUUAGCAUGCUGCCCAUGGGGACAGUGACCAUUGCUGUCAGCGCGGUAGGUCGGGGUGGUCCGGUGGCGAGGGAGAAGCUGUAAGUCCAACGGUGACCAUGGUACCUGUUGAAAACACAGAGGGCCCCAAUCUGCUGAACCAGAAGGGGAGAGAGGCGGAGAUCGAAGGCAGCUGUGGAGCCAGUGGCGGCCGGCAUCCUGCCUGCGCGGGAGGUCCCGGCAUGUUUACAUUCUUGACAUCUGUUACCGCAGCCAUCAGCGGCCUCCUGGUGGGUUAUGAACUUGGGCUCAUCUCUGGGGCUCUUCUGCAGAUCAGAACACUCUUAGCCCUGACCUGCCAUGAGCAGGAAAUGGUUGUGAGCUCCCUCCUCAUCGGGGCAUUCCUCGCCUCUCUCACCGGAGGCGUGCUGAUAGACAGGUACGGAAGAAGGCUCACCAUCAUCCUGUCAUCCUGUCUCCUAGGACUCGGAAGCUUAGUCUUAAUUCUGAGCUUGUCCUACACACUUCUUAUCACGGGACGUGUUGCUAUAGGGGUUUCCAUCUCCCUGUCUUCCAUUGCCACGUGUGUGUACAUUGCAGAGAUUGCCCCCCAACACAGAAGAGGACUUCUUGUGUCGCUGAACGAGCUGAUGAUUGUCACCGGUAUCCUCUUUGCCUAUAUUUCAAAUUACGCAUUCGCCAACAUCUCCAACGGUUGGAAGUACAUGUUUGGCCUCGUGAUUCCCCUGGGUGUUCUGCAAGCAAUUGCUAUGUACUUUCUUCCUCCAAGUCCUCGUUUCCUGGUGAUGAAAGGACAAGAGGAGGCUGCGGGCAAAGUCCUCAGGAAGCUAAGAGUGAUCUCAGACACUGCUGAAGAACUCACGUUGAUCAAAUCUUCCUUGAAAGAUGAGUAUCAGUAUAGUUUUUGGGAUCUGUUUCGCUCCAAGGACAACAUGAGGACCAGAAUCCUGAUAGGUCUGACACUGGUAUUUUUUGUCCAAACCACUGGCCAACCAAACAUACUAUUCUACGCAUCGACUGUCUUGAAGUCUGUUGGCUUCCAGAGCAACGAGGCAGCCAGCCUUGCCUCCACUGGGGUUGGCGUGGUCAAGGUGGUUAGCACCAUCCCAGCAACCCUCCUUGUGGACCACGUUGGCAGCAAAACCUUCCUCUGCAUUGGCUCCUCUGUGAUGGCUGCUUCACUGUUGACCAUGGGCAUUGUGAAUCUCAACAUCAACAUGAACUUCACCAACAUCUGCAGAAGCCAUAGUCCUCUUAACCAGUCCCUGGAGGAGUUGGUGUUCUAUGCAACAGGAAACCUGUCCGUUAGCAACAGCAGUCUCGGGGAGCACCUUAAAAGAGUCACUCCCUACAGCAAGGGCUCGUUCAUUCCCCUGGGGAAUGGCAUGGAGCCCAAAGGGGAGAUGGCCUUCACAUCUUUACCAAAUGCUGGACUGAGCCGAACUGACCGCCAGGGAGUCACGGACCCUGUAGUCCCAGCUGUUUACAAAUGGCUGUCCCUGGCCAGCUUGCUUGUUUACGUGGCUGCGUUUUCAAUUGGUCUGGGACCCAUGCCUUGGCUGGUGCUCAGUGAGAUCUUUCCCGGUGGAAUUAGAGGCCGUGCCAUGGCCCUGACCUCUAGCAUGAACUGGGGGAUCAACCUUCUCAUCUCCUUGACAUUUCUGACGGUGACUGACCUUAUUGGCUUGUCGUGGGUGUGCUUCAUAUACACAGUCAUGAGUCUGACAUCCCUGGCUUUUGUUGUUCUGUUUAUACCCGAGACAAAGGGAUGCUCUUUGGAACAGAUAUCAAUGGAGCUGUCGAAGGCGAACUAUGUGAAAAACAACAUUUGUUUUAUGAGUCAUCACCAAGAAGAAUUAGUGCCAACACAGCUUCAAAAAACAAAGCCCCAAGAGCAGCUCCCAGAGUGUAAGAAGCUGUGUGAUAGGGGACAGUCACAGCGGCCCUCGCCAGAGACCUAAGGGGCUCCAGUCCCUACAUGUGGCUUGGUGGCAGGACUUACAAGGGUCUCUGCCAUGGUUUCUCCUCACUGUCAUGGAGAAGUUUUACACGGACACCCUGAAAUUAGAAAGACUACCAUUAAUUCCUCUCCCCCCAAACAGACUUUUGCCAAAAGGUACUCGAGGCGCCAGUGCCCUGAUGUAUCAGGUUAAACAAAACAGUACUGGCAGGUUCAACGCCUUCAACCUUUCCUCUAGAUCAGCGAUGAGGCCUGCCUCUGCCUCAAGCUGUCUGUUAGGAGCCGCUCACGGCUGAACGCAGUGGUGUUGUGGGCGGGCACUCACCACAUGUGCCUCCGAAGACACUCCUUGCUCCGGUCUUCUGUCAACGCACUGUGUGGGUGAUUUCAUUACAUCUGUGUUGUAGAUUAGGACGGUGUCCUGAGUAACACUUCGGUUGUCACUCAAGGCCACCAAAGAUUAUGCAGCUUGUACAUCACAUGUAAUGAGAUACUACUCAAUCAAAAUAUUCUUCUGUAAGUUCUAUGUCAACUUUUAAAACUCUUAAGCCAUUUUUUCCAUCUUUUUAAAACAUGAUUAGAAAGAUAAAUUUAAAAUUCCUGGGACCAUAUUUAUUUAGGAAUUGCUGUUAGUAAAUAUCAGAGAAGGAGCCUAACAUAGUAUUAUUUAUCCAGAUCGGUAAGCAGUUAGCUUUAAGUUAUAAAGUCAGAUCUCUAAGAGCUGUCUCCUGGGAAGGCUUGUGUGGUACCCUGUAGCAGCCCUCAGCUUUCUGCAAUUCUUCCCACUGCUCAGGAAUCACUCUACCUCAGGCUACAGCAGACUGGCUCUCUGCUCACCUUCUGGUGGAUUCAGACAGAGGGGAUGGCACUGGCGUCAGAGCUGGCCUACCUUCCUUUCUGUGGUGAGCAGUGAUGUCCAGCCACACCAGCGAGGUGGCUUCUCCCCACAUGAUGCACUUCUCUGGCCUCUAUUUUUUCCACUUGAGUUUUAAGAUUUGACACAGCAUUUCACCAGAAUUUGCAUAUGAUAGAAAAAAAAUCCGUGACAGAGAGAACCUAGGCCCCUUAAUUUGGGAUCUUCUUCCUUUCACUACCAAAUGGUCCCAGUCUGAGAGACGUGCGCGCCCACCCACCACGUGCCCUGGGAGCAGAGCGCAGACAUGGGAGUGAGCGGUGGUGAGAGUGCAGUGCUGGAGCCUCAGGAGCGCGACAGGAGGCCUGCUUCUCAAACGCAGCCUCUAACCGAGGUGUGGUAAGGAGGGAGAUUGAAAUCUUGAGGACGCCAUAAUAUAUUUCACAUCAAAUAAGAAUGUGAGUAAGGACUUACUCUCUUGAGUAAGGAGAGGGCAGAGCAUCACUUCAAAUUUAUCACGAGUCUCUGGAAUUAUAGGUCACAUUCUUUAAAAUACUCAAGGCAGGUUAUCAAUGCAAGCUUUUUUUCUCUUUUCCCUCCAACUUCUCGGAUUAAGAUAUUUUAAAAAUUGUUAAAUGAUUCAAUUUUACACAUACAUAGACACACUUGGCUACUUUGUGUAUUCCUUGUGAAUGGGCAAAAAGCAAGCAAACGUAGCUUAUUACUAAUGACAUCAAUGGAAGCGCUGUAAACUUUCUAUUAUUCUCUUGUCACCAAGUAUGGAUCUUAAACACUCAAAAUAACUUUUUACUCAGCAUUAGUCCCACCCCACUCCCAGCACACAAAGCCUUUGGUUUUCAAAAAUAAAAAGGGGGAAUACUUAAAACUUGUAUGUAUAUAUUCACAGUUUUUAUUUAUAUAAAAAAUUUUACAGUACUUGUAGAAAACCAGGCGACUCGAGACCCACUCACUCCUUCCCAGCUGGUUCUGUAGCCCACGCAGGAAGCUGCCAGACUGUGCCCGUGCAGGUGAGCCCAGGUCGGCCAUGCUCUCUGCACACUUCCCAAGAGCUUCAGCUCUGCCUGGCUUUCAGGUCACUGAACGCUGAAAAUGUUAUCUCCCCUAACAGAGUUUCUGCCUCACACAUGUUUCUGAACAUUGCAAAACAGGAAUUCACUGUCAAAACAAGUGGUAAACUCUCAUGGUUUUAAAGCAGUCUGCCUCUACCUCUGAAUUUUGAUAAUCUUAAAACAAAGCCAAAAAAAAAAAAAAAAAAAAAAAGAAAAAGAAAAACCAAACCCAAAUAUAAAAACAAUUUUUAAAAAAAAUCGAAGGCUUAAAAAAGUCACAAUUAAAACUAUGGAACAAGCGAAUGUAAAAAGCUCGCCUUUGUUCCCACGUUCUGAAGAGGCCGAGAGGCAGGGUAUGAGAAAGCUUUAAGAAAACAAAACUGAACGUAGAAUCUUAUGCACUGUUCAGCCAGUGCCUAAGUUAGCUUUGUAAGGUUUAUAACAUGGUGCAGAUGUCGCAAGCCUUUGCAAACCUUUCAAAAGUAAAACAGUAAGUCAGAGCUUCGUGGGAAAUGUUCAGUUUGUACAGAGAAUCUGUUUUGACUCCACCUGACUUAUCUGUAGGUAGAGCCACCCCUGGCCACACUAAGCACCUGCCUGACCCUGCCUUUCCAUCCAGAGUCCGUGCAUGGCUGAGGGCCCUGUCUCAUAGAAUGGAAGUUUAAGGGUGGCUUCCCUCAGUCCUCCAGUCGCCCUUCACCUGCACUAUUCAGACAUGGCGAGCGCACUUGCCAGCGGUUCUCAGGGUCAAGUCGAGCUGGAACCACACAGUGGCACAGACACAGCCUGUGGGCAUUUCUUGUUAAAACACAAUGUUAACCAAUUUCUGACAAGACUUUUAGUACAGCCUUGAGCAUCAACCUAAGGGUAACAGGAGCCUCAACUGCUUCCUCCACCUACAGCUGGGCUUUCCAGAAUAAAACUGGGACAUGUUACUCAUGUCCACCUAGACAGGUAACGGCCUCUCUUCAACUACAACUUCUUAGCUUUUAAAAUGCAUUUAACAUUUUCUAUCAUAUUAAAUUAGUAACACAAACAUCAUCAUUUAUCUGGAGUUCUACCCUAGUUACCCAGAGCUUAUAUACAUGGUUUUUACUUCCAAUCUGCCAGGAAAAAAUUCUAGUUGAUAUUUGGUAACAGAGCAUGAAAAGAUACUAUAUACAUGUAGCAUCCACAUUAUUCAAAAAGAAGUCCACACACUUUUAGCCAAUGUCUAAGCCUGCAUAGAUUUAAAAAAAAAAAAUGAAUACAGUUGUUUAAAAGAGGAAAUAGUGAAUAAAAGUUACAGAAUGGAUAUGAA